AAAACUAAUACGAAAGGACGUAUAGGGUGGAUAUGUUUAUACAGACCAUAUUGAACAAUGUGCGAGAUUCCAUACGCAUUUGAAGCCAUCUUUUGUUGAUGUACAAGCUACGUGAAGCUGAAUCAGUCAACGCAUCAACAUGAUGAAGCUUAUGUACCAGCGAACACUGCUGAAGACAGUCACAGCGGUCCUAUUCGUCAUUGCCUGUCGUUUGGUCAUGAGGGGUUAUUCUGAGCAGAAAAAAAUUCCCACCACCUCCAGAACAUUGAAAAUAGAUUGGAUGCCGACGCGCGAGAAAGAGCUCCAUUUGAGACUGGAAAAGUUCAGAUUUCACACGUGGAGAAGAAAUAUUACGAGCAUAUUCCUCAAUUGGAGAAUCUCAAGCUCAGUUCCGAUGUCCUGAAAACGGAGAGAACUAAUCGCGAGAUUGAGUCGGAAAUGGAAAGUGGUGGUCAAUGGCUGGUUGAGACUUUGAUAAAUAUGAAGCACAAGGUUUCCUUGCAGGAGAAUAGACUCUUGAGUAAAAUACACAAAUCAGCAAUCGACAGACAAAACAACAGCAAUACCAGUCCAGACAUUUGUGUAAUCAAAGUUCUUCAAUUGUGUAAGACGAUGUGUGUACGGAUGAUCACAGAAGCUAACAAACGAUGGACGAAAUUUUCCUGUAAAUUCUCGAACUGUCGAUUUGAAACCAAGGUCGGAUACUCGUUGAAAGACAUUCAAGAGAGUGAUGUGGUAUUCAUCCUGCCGGACUCAAGGGAUUGGAAAGCUAUCAUUGAAAGCCGACCGAAAGGACAACUCUGGGUUUUCCACUCCAAGGAAGCACCGUUCCACGGCCCGGAACAGUCUCCCCCUCGCGAAUUUGGGAAUCCAUUCAAUAUUUCCCUCACCUUCAUGACCAGUUCGGAUAUUGGUCCAGCGUAUCACUACUUUGACACAAGAAACCCAGAGCAAAACCCUAAGGUUCUACGUAAGACAAAACUGAUGUCUUGGGCGUCAUCCAACUGCAACCACACCAGCUGGGGGAGGACACGCUUCGUUCACGAGCUCGAGAAGCAUCUUGACAUCGACACGUACGGUCUAUGCGGACGCCUCGAGUGUCCUCGCUUUUCAGAGGGUUGUUGGUCCUUUCGUGCGGAUUACAAGUUCAACCUUGCCUUAGAGAAUAGUCAAUGUCCUGAGUACAUCACGGAGAAGUUCUGGUACAACGCUCUUGAUGCAGGCUCCGUCCCAAUCGUAUUCGGCCCACCGAGAGAAGACUACGAGCGUCUCGCUCCGCCUCAUUCUUUCAUCCACGUGGACGACUUCAAGACGGUCCAGGAGUUUACUGACUAUAUCCAUCUCUUGGAUCGUAACGAUGACUUAUACCUCGAAUAUUUCGCAUGGCGGAGGCUUGGCCGAGUGGAGAAGUCUUCGCCAAUUCUGACAACGCGUAUCCAGACUGGAAGGAGGUUGUGCUACAUCAUCAUGACGUUGCUCAAGAAGUCUUUGAGUCCAGAUGAGUACCCUUGGAAGGACCAGCAUCCGAACUUCCACGACUGGUGGCAUGGAUUGUGUCCGAAGGAUUCUCAGAAGAGGCGCAUCAUGGAUAUAGAUGUUUAAUCAUGGAAACAAGACUUGCUUCAAAAUAUUUUUGUCGUCUGAUUUGAAGGGAGGUGAACUGACAUUUGGAGUGACCUCCCUGAAAAUAUAUUAAAGAAACUCAUAAAAAACAUUUUGUAUUUCCUAGUGGGGAAGUCACCCAAUUUUCCAAAUGGAACCGUUUUUAAACUCUUUUUGGAAUUAUAGUCAUAUUUCUUCCUUCUGAAACCUUUGGAUCGAUUGCCUUUAGCGGAGUUUGGUAACUAAUCCCAGGGUGAUUUUCCCUAGAUUGUUCGUUUUGUUGCAAUGUGCAGCCAUAUUACUUUAUAUCAUUUUGAAAAAAGUGGGGUAGAUUCGAUGAAAAUCGACCCGUAUGGGCGUCGGGUUUGUGUGGUUAGAGGGGUUAACUCGGCGACCGCGGUUGUGCUGACAACAGUAUGUAAAUUAAUUAAAUAUGUAAGUAAUUUUUAGGGCUCGGUGGGUUGAAUCUCUUAAGAAACGUUCCUAGACUAAAUAAAAAUUAAUAACAUGCAAAGAAAAACUUGAAGAAACAGAUAUAAUGUAAUUGGUAAUGUCUGCUUCGGUCUAAUAAAUGGUACCAUAUUUCUUUUUGAAAACAUAA